CCGGAGCCACGCUCGUUUGUCCUAGCAACGCCCGAUCCAGCACCUCGAACCGCACCCCGAGCCAGCACACUCGACAAAGCCAGUCAUGGAGAUGUCUUCGCCGCUCGCCGCCAUGCACCCGCCGCCGCUGCCUGGCCCAUGGGGCUAUAGACGCGACCUGCCUCCCUCGAAGCCGUUGUUUGCAUCACAUACCAUGGGACCCAAGAACUUCAACUUCCGGGACCUGAGCAUGAAGAAGUCUGGCGGCAACGACUACAUCACCAUGCAGCCCAUGAGGGGAUCUUCGCCCACUGCGAGCCUCGCUGCCGACAUGUCCUCGAACCUGCACAUGGACCAGAGUCCCCAGCUCACGACACCGAGAAGGUCUCUGUUCACAUCCAGCCUGUUCCAGCAGCUAGACAAUCGGGAAGGAACCACGACCCCACCCGUACGAUGGGAAGGUGUAACAACUCCGCCAAUUCCUUCAUCGUCGCCCUGCUGCGUACCCGACUCCAUGGACAUCUCGCCGCUCCCGCACAAAGCUCCCUUUAGCUUCUUGUCCAACGAGCGUUCCCUGCCUUUGGCUUCUCCCACCCCAGAAGUCUCUACACCUUCCACUGACGACGACAUGCUCUCGCCCUGCGAGCUGCCCACCCCGUCGCAAUUACCAUUUGCUGCCCCCGACAUCGAGGCACCGCGUCCGACUUCAGCCAAUGAACGCAGAAAGCCUACCUUCCUCAUGCGCCCCGGUCUUGGUCGCACCAAGAACUAUUCGACCAACACCGUCUCACUGAAGACACGCAAAGAGGAGAUUCCGGCCUUCCUGUUCGGCGCUGGUGUCAACACCUCCACCCCGUCACUGGACGAGUGCUUCACAAUGUCGCCUCCUCCGGAACGCCGGCCGAUGUCGAACCCUGCUGGAGGCUUCCCACGGCCUAGGCCCUUUUGUUCCAACAUCAGGAAAACUUCCGCCGGCCCGGCUCGACGGCCGUCUAAGAUCCGCAGGUCGCUCAGCAUGUUUGAGCACCCAGGAGAUGUCAUGAACGCCACGCAGGAGAGUGAGAGCUACACCCCGAGCAGUCUUCAGUCGGUGAUGGACGUUGAAGAAGCACCUGGCCUGAAGCUUCCUCACACCCUGCAGCCUAACGAACCGGACAGCUUGCCUCGCAUCUCCGACGCAACCAUGGUCGACAUCAUCAACGGCGAGUAUGAUAGCCUUUAUCAGAACAAGUACAUCAUUGACUGCCGCUUUGAAUACGAGUACAAGGGAGGACACAUUGAUGGAGCGAUAAACUAUUGUGAAAAGGAGAAGCUGUCAGAGCGGCUCUUCGGAUCGGAUGCACCUUCGGACACAGCCAACACCCUUCUUAUCCUACACUGUGAAUACUCCGCACACCGUGCGCCCCGCAUGGCUCGCUUCCUCCGUGAAGAGGAUCGCAAGAUCAACGCUCACCGCUACCCUCAGUUGUCGUACCCUGAAGUAUACAUCUUGGAUGGUGGCUAUAGCGAAUUUUAUGCUUCACACCGUGCCCGCUGCUACCCACAACAGUGGGUCAAGAUGGACGCUGAAGAGCACCAGGCCUCGUGCGAACGGGGCAUGGCCAAGGUUCGACAGCGCUCCAAGCUCAACCGAGCUCAGACGUUUGCCUUUGGACAGCAAUCUUGCCAGAUGGAAGACUCGCCCACCGCUGUCGGUCGCUCAAGAAGCGGUGGCGUUAUGACGCUCAGUGAUGACAUGCUCAAUGCUGGACGACUAGGCGCUUCCCGUCGCAUGGCCUCGUACUGAGCCGGCGACGGGCAGUCCAUGAUUUCUUUUCACGAUUUUAAAACCACUUGACGGCGAACUGGUUCAUGGCGUUAAUCAUUGUUUGCGGCAUUCGACAUCGAGCCUGGCGUUUGGUCACAUUUCCAACUUCAUCCUUUGCGGCGUUCGAGCGACUGCCCUUUUGAUCUGGCUGCAUCGGACGGGAACACCGAGCGGACGGCAACGACUAUUUCGAUAGUGCGUAGCAUAGUUUGGGU